AUGUCAAGUGUCAGCGCCAAAGAGGCUCAGGCCUAUCUCAUUGACCCUCUCAAUGCCCCGGAGCCUUCUCAGGAGACUGGUCCGGGUUCGCACUUCUACCCUCCCGGAACCACCAUGACUGCCUCUCCCACAGCAACAUCGCCUACUAUGUCGUCUCCCUCGUCGUCCAAGAAUCCUUUCCGCGACUCGAUGGGCGGAAAAGGCCCUCAGACACAUGUCCGUCAAACUAGCAGAAGUUCAACCGGCAGCAAUUCGAAGUUCCCCGAUUUCCACGAGGUCCCUGCUUCUCCCCACCGUCGCAACUUCAGUGGUGACCACUCUUCUUCCCACCGCCGCAACUUCAGCGGUGACCAUCUCAUGGACGAGUCGUUGGGCAACCGCCCUCGUAGAACCAGCUCGCUUAGUCAACGCUACCCUGGUGACACAUCAAACCAGCCUCUGAACAUGCUUAGAAAGGAUAGCAAGAAGGCCUACCGCUCUCCUCACCUCAACAAGCGUCACAUCCCUGGUGCCGACACAAUCGACCGUCUCGACCCUACUCCCAGCAAGAUUCCCUACCACCACGAAGGUCCCUAUGAUGCCGCUCUAUUGGCUCGUAACACCAGCUACAACAGCAGCCCCAUCGCUGCCUUGGAGGACUCUAACAGAGAAGCACUCAAGGCCACCCCUGCCGAGAAGAUUAAGGAUUCUCUCGAGAAGCACAUGCCCCUUGAUGGCGUUGCUGUUGUUCCUCCUGGUCAACGUGACCAGCUUGGUCGUGUCUACAACUACGAGGAAGGAACUGAUAUGAUGCGUGAGGCCAACCCUGAGGGUGGUGCUUACAAGCGCUGGCCCGGAGAGGAAUAUAGUAAAGACGAUCUCAAGGGCAAGGGCGAACCAGCAUUCUCCCUCGACCGUGCGCUCAAGGCUCACACCAUUCACGAGCGUGACUUUGAUGGCCAGCGUGGCAUUGAGCUAUCAGACCGUCCGCUUAUGAGCGACUAUGACAAGAUGAAGGACAACAAGAAGCUUGACGACCGUGAUCCUGUCGAGAUUGCCGGCGGAGAAUCACAAUACGCAAAUCUCACAAUGGCUGCCGACACUGAUGCUCACACCAUGAACCGAACAAGCAGCUUGCGCAGAGCAGGCGAAGGGCUCAAGAAGAGACUGAGCUUGAGAAAGAGACACCAGGAUGAUUAA